UACCAGUAAAACACAAAGCAGAACAACUCAAAACAACUAAAAAAUAUCAGUGAAAACAACUCUAUAUACUACAGUAUGAAACUUAUAAAAAAAUACAGUAAAAAAGUAAAAAAUACCGUCUGGCAGUAUUUUUGUAAAAAAAUAACAAAAAUUAGUAUACCAUCUAAAUUUCCCAAAAAAAAAAUCUCUCUAUAUGUUUUGGGCUUCAAAAUCGGUGGGCACUUUAGGCUCCAAAGCCAGAGGCCACAGCCCAUGAUGGAGUCCAGUUAGUAACCGCUUUUCCAUUUUCCCUUUGUUCGAUCAUUUGGCGCCAGAGUAACCGCUUUUACGGUCUUCCAAGGAAAAGAUUGAAAGAACAUAUGUUCUGGUACAUUACUAUAGGUUGUCAAGUUAAUCCAAUUUAAUGGCUUCUCCCAAUCCACAAUUUGUAGUAGAAAAAACCAAGAUGGAAAUUAAAGCAGAAUCAGUUGUUAUUCCCUAUUCACAACAUGAACAGUUUAAAUAUACCCCAAGCAGCAUUAAGAAGGACGAUAGAGAAGCCAACUCUCCUGAAAUUGAUCACCAACAACAUGUCAACACAAAAGGUCCAAAAAUUAUGAUUAAAUUGAGACAAGUGUUCUUUUCUAUUAAAAGGGUUUUUGAGGAUCAGUGUCUACAUUAUAACCGCGGAGAAAACUUGGAAACCACACGGAUCUACCAAGUUUGGCCAGGAAAAAAUGUGUUUUUCUUCCAUGGACGACUAGUGUGUGGCCCUGAUCCAAAAGGGUUGCUCCUAACAACAGUUUCCAUAAUUCUGUGUGGUUGGAUUUUUUGUGUUUAUAUUGGAGAAGAUCUACCAAAUCAUCGUUCCAAUCUCAUAAUCACAAUCUCAGAGAUACUAACUUUACUUGUUCUUGGGAAUUUGAUCCUAGUAAGUUCAAUUGAUCCUGGUAUUAUUCCCAGAAGCCAAGAAGAUCAAAUGGAAGAAGAAUUAAGUAGUAGUAGUAAUAGUAGAAGUGGAGUCAGAAAAAAGAAGAUUGUAGUAGUUAAUGGAGUGGAACUCAAACUUAAAUAUUGUCGCACUUGUAAGAUAUUUAGGCCACCAAGAAGUUGUCACUGUGUUGUGUGUGACAAUUGUGUCGAAAAAUUCGAUCAUCAUUGCCCUUGGAUUGGUCAGUGUAUUGCACUGAGAAAUUACAGAUUCUACCUAACAUUUAUAAUAUCAGCUUUGUCUUUCUUUAUCUAUGUAUUAUACUUUUCCUGCUGGAGAAUUCACCAAAAAGUUGUGAAAAAUGGGAGUAAUCUAUUUGGGUUGGUGAGGAUCUGCCCUGAAACUCUUGCUUUGGUCUUGUUUACCGUUGCUGCAAUCAUGUUCUUGACUGGUCUAGCCAUAUUUCACUUGUACCUUAUAUCAACAAACCAGACUGCUUAUGAGAAUUUUAGGCAGAGAUUUGUGGGUUCCAAGAGCCCAUAUGAUAAGGGAGUUUGUGGUAACAUUAAGGAGGUAUUGUUUGUGGGAAUGCCACCUUCUAAAGUUGACUUUCGAGCUGAAGCAACAUCAAGAUCAUGGCAUCCAACGGCUGCAGCUACUCAUGAAGUUUGAGAUUAAUUAUGAACCACACAAUUAUGAUGUAACAAAAAUAUAUUUAUAUAUUAUACUAUAAUUAUAACUAUAAUAUAGUAGUGUGUUGUAUGGUAGCAUGGUCGAUCGUGAUUGGAAAAAUUACUAUGCAAAGUGCUUGAAAAUAAAAUAUAAUGAUUUGUACUUGAGUGAUUAUUUUAUUAUAUCAAUCGACUGUCAAGCUUUUUGCAUCCAAAUAAUUUGAUUUCACCCAUGGCCGGCCAGAGGGUGGGGCAGCCGGGGCCUUGGCCCCAGGCCCCACAAUUUCGAAGGCCCCGAAAAAAUUAAAAUUAAUAUUAUAUAUAUAAAAAAAUAAAAAUAUAAUAUAUGUAUAUAUAAAUUUUGGUUCAAUAAUUACAUAAAAUGGCUUAUAGCACAGUUGGUAGUAGAGGGGUUUUAUGUUGAGGUGUGGGUGCCGAGUUCGAUUCCUACCUCCCUCACAUUUUAUUUGUUUUAAAUAUUCAAAGGUAUGGUUAAAAUUUGUAAAAGAUAUGUAUGUUUAUUUAUUUAUUUUUA